AUGCUGCUGUCAGGGGAUGAGCCCCCGAGCCCUGCUGACCACCGUCAGGUCGCGCGCCCGCGGCCAGAUCCGCUCGCCAACAGCUUGGAUUCACUGGCCCGGGAGAAGAGGGGGGACGUCGGCGGCGCCCGCACGCUGCAGAAGAAGUGGACGACCUUCCUGAAGGCUCGCUUGGUGUGCUCGGCGCCCGAGCAGCAGCUCCAUUUCAACCGCCUCCAGGCCGUCUUCACCCUGCCGGGGGCCGAUUGGCAGGACACCGCCUUUUUCGGGGUCUUCCAGGCCCGCUGGGGGGACGUGGAUGUCUCGGCUAUUUGCCGGUACCACAUCCUGGAGGUGAAGAAGGCGUUCGAGGGGCCCUACAAGGAAUACCGGGAGCAGGCGCAGAAGUGGGGCCGGUACUCGGACGAGGUACCGAGCCCCCGUCCCGGUGCGUGCAUCACCGACUGGCACCGCCAGAACGGCUUCGCCAGCUCCCUCGAGCUGCCCGACAACACCCUCAACUUCGCCAAGAAGCACCCGCUGAUGGACGAGCCCAUCCUGCCCCACCGCGGGCGCCCGCUGCUCCUCAAGAAAGACGCCAACUUCACCCAGCUGGUGGUAGACCGAGUGCCGGGGCUGGACGGCACCGUCUAUGAGGUGCUCUUCAUCGGCACAGGUGACGGCUGGGUGCACAAGGCGCUGAACCUGGGGGCUCGAGUCCAUCUGGUCGAGGAGCUGCAGGUUUUCGAGCCGGCGCAGCCCGUGGAGAGCCUGGUCCUGGCUGGUCGGAAGAAGCUGCUCUUCGCCGGCUCCCGUUUCCAGGUGGCCCAGUUGCCCCUGGCCGACUGCGGCCGCUACCAGUCGUGCACGGACUGCGUCCUCGCCCGGGAUCCCUACUGCGCCUGGAGCCGCAACGUCAGCCUCUGCGUCCGCGCCGACGGCCUCAACGGGUAA